AUGGCAGAUAACCCGAAGACUAUCCGCCCACAGCCUCUUCGCCCUCCCUCUUUCACAAUCACGUCUUCUUCUAACUCACCUUCUCCUGACACCCCCAACGAACCCUCAUCCGACAACUUCAUAUCCCGGACUCGCUCGGUUUUGAAUCUCACCUCGUCCACCCUUUUCGGCAUCUACGCCCCUACAGACAGUGACCGUACGGAACCAUCCACUCCGCGGGGAAACGGAAGCCAAACGCCAGCACCAAGAGCAAGCGUUGAUGAAGAUAGGAAACCACCCGUCAUCGGCAGCUUUGAGAAGCCAGAGCUACGACGAAGACCCUCGUAUCCCCAUGUCUCUACCGGCAGCCUACUCUCACGCAUUGGUCUGCGGACAGUUCUACUUUUCUUCUUUGGCGUGGCCUAUGGAGUCUUAAUCUCACACUUGCACGAUACUCAACAAGUGGCGCCCGUGCAAGUGCCAGGCAUCCCGCGCCGAUCGUGGUGGUAUUUAAUAGGUUGGGGAAGUGUGGCAGUCGUGUUAGGAGGGCUGACACCCUGGGUCGACGUCUACUGGGAGGAUGUCUUGGGUAUAGAAAAGGAUGUAUUUCCGUCGAAAGACCUGCAAAAAGAGCCCGGUGACGAGAAAGAUGAGAGGCCGGGGUCUUCAAGAUCUGGACUGGGCGCCGAUUGGAACCCUUUGGUACGCAGCAUUGGCGCCUUUGUCGGGAUAGCCUUCGCUAUAAGGAGACUCCCAUGGCAGUCGACGCUGCAAGUCUCGUUGACUUUAGCCCUCGUCAAUCCAGUGCUUUGGUACCUUGUUGAUCGCUCAAAACCUGGCUUUCUGCUUUCAUUGAUAGUCGGGUUGACAGGCACAGCUGUCGUUUUUGGCGUCAACCCGGAGAUUAUCCCCUCUCCUGGUGCAGGUUUACCGAGUGUUAGAGGCUCGGCGGACCCGCUGUUUGACGGGGGUCAAAUGAUGCGAUAUGGAGUCAUGAGUGACAAGACAAUUGGAGCUUAUUUCUGGGGCCCUGCCUCAAACUUCGGUAUUCCUAUAGCAGCAAUUCUCGACACGCAGAAAGAUCCUGAACUGAUAUCCGGCCGCAUGACCGCCGCUCUGACUGUCUACGCGGCAACAUUCAUGCGAUAUUCUCUCGCUGUGACGCCAAAGAACUACCUCCUUUUCGCCUGCCAUUUCGUUAAUUUCAAUGCUCAGUCUGUGCAAGGGUAUCGGUACUUGAGUUAUUAUAACUGGGGAGGCAGGGAAGCUUCUUUAGCAGCCAAGGGGGAGAACGUGGGUAAGGAGGUACAAGCGAACGCACAGAGAGCAGGGUCAGAUGCAAAGGCGACAGCGCAGAAUGUGCUCACCCAGACCAAGCAGAAAGCUGAAGAGAUAAAGGACAAGGUUGUGAAAUGA